UGGUGUAGGCGCAGUGUAAGGACUUACCGUGAACGUGGGCGCGGCAUGUCCGUGGGGGAGCGGCUCUACAGUUCUAAGGUUCCUGCAAGUUACUUGGGAGCUGAUCAAGACUUCAAGCUAAAGAUGGUGAUGAUGAGUCGCCUGAGGGUCAUUCUUCAAGCCUCUCCAUGCAAGGCGCUGUGGAGAAGGUUCCAGAUUCCGAGGUCCAUGCUAGCAAGGCCCUGCAGCCUCUACACCUGCACUUACAAAACCCGGAACGGAGCCUUGCAACCUCUCUGGGAGAGCGUGGACCUGGUCCCGGGGGGUGACCGCCAGUCGCCCAUCAACAUCCGGUGGAGGGACAGUGUCUACGAUCCUGGCUUAAAACCGCUCACCAUCUCUUACGACCCGACCACCUGCCUCCACGUCUGGAAUAAUGGGUACUCUUUCCUCGUGGAAUUUGAAGACUCUGCAGAUAAGUCAGUGAUCAAGGGAGGACCCCUGGAACACAACUACCGAUUAAAGCAGUUCCAUUUUCACUGGGGGGCCGUUGAUGCCUGGGGCUCCGAGCAUACUGUGGACAGCAAAUGUUACCCAGCAGAGCUGCACUUGGUGCAUUGGAAUGCAGUCAAAUUUGAAAACUUUGAGGAUGCAGCACUGGAAGAAAAUGGUUUGGCUGUGCUAGGAGUAUUUUUAAAGCUAGGCAAGUAUCAUAAAGAGCUACAGAAAUUGGUGGAUAUUUUGCCAUCAGUUAAGCACAAGGACAUGCUUGUGGAAUUUGGGUCAUUCGACCCUUCCUGUCUGAUGCCUACCUGCCCAGAUUACUGGACCUACUCAGGGUCCCUGACUACCCCGCCACUCUCUGAGUCUGUCACUUGGAUCAUUAAGAAGCAGCCCAUAGAGGUUGAUCAUGAUCAGCUUGAGCAAUUUCGGACCCUGCUCUUCACUUCUGAGGGGGAGAAAGAGAAAAGAAUGGUGGACAACUUCCGCCCCCUUCAGCCCCUAUUGAACCGCACUGUCCGCUCAUCCUUCCCUCACGACUAUGUGCUGAACAUACAAGCAAAACCCAAGUCGUCUACCAGCCAAGUACCCCCUUAGACGCCAUUAUCUAGGUGGUAUCUUGCUUAAAUAUCUACUAGUUCUUUAAAAGUUGCUAACUAGACUCUUUUAAAUGCCUGCAUUUAAUAAUUAUGGAUGUGCCUUUCUUGGUAUGGCAGCGCUCCUUAGUCUUUGAGGGAAGCUCUUUGGUAAACAAAUUCUUACUUUUAUUGAUAAUGAUGUUUAUCACUGAAGUACCAGCAAGAGACACAAAUUUCUCUUAUAGCAACCUGCUGGUAAUUGUAAUGUCUUUUUAUGUGUGACAUUUUUGAGCUGUCUUUUUAUUGAUAUGUUUAUCAAUUGGUGGUUCUACAGAGUUAUAAGUAGGGAUGAUAAUCAAAAUAUUUAACAACUGGUAAGGCACAGACACUGACCAUCCCGAAUGCAGGCUUUUCAGAAACAGCCACAGGACCCAGAUUGGUACUUCUUGGCUGAGCAUUGGCUAUGGUUUUAGGUAUAUUUUAUUUUAAAACAUGAAUGUGUAUUCUUUUAUAAGGCCUUCUCAAUGGGUAUAUUUGCCUCGAUUUUCACUUGUCAUUACUAGUACAGGAUAUGAUUACUUACUAUCAAUUUAAAAUACAGAAAAAAUAUUUUGUGAGCUUCCUUGGCGGCGCAGUGGUUAAGAAUCUGCCUGCCAAGGCAGGGGACACGGGUUCGAGCCCUGGUCCGGGAAGAUCCCACAUGCUGCGGAGCAACUAAGCCCGUGCACCACAACUACUGAGCCUGUGCUCUAGAGCCCGUGAGCCACAGCUACUGAGCUUGCGUGCCACAACUACUGAAGCCUGCCCGCCUAGAGCCCGUGCUCCACAACAAGAGAAGACACUGCAAUGAGAAGCCCAUGGACCGCAACGAAGAGUGGCCCCCGCUCGCUGCAACUAGAGAAAACCCGCGCGCAGCAACAAAGACCCAACGCAGCC